AUCCGGCAAUAUAAAAUCUGCCACGAGUCGGCGGUGCGACCCAGUGUCCAUCUUGAAUAUUCGCAGGCUCGCGGAGCUGAAACAACUCGGAAUCAGUGGCGAUGGCCGACGACAGCGAGCAGCAAUUAAUGGAGACCUCGGAGAACGGAAACCUUGGCGAGGAGGCGCUGAACGGAGCGGAGAGCGCGGACACGCAACUCGAGGUGGAGGGAGUAGAAGGAGGAGACGAGGCCGCUCAGGGCGAGUCCCAGAACGGAGCCGCGGAUGGAGGACAGAUCGAAGCCAGCAAGGGAGAGGAAGACGCAGGCAAAAUGUUUGUUGGUGGUCUCAGCUGGGAUACAAGCAAAAAAGAUCUAAAAGACUACUUCUCAAAGUUUGGUGAGGUGACGGACUGUACCAUCAAAAUGGAUUCUAACACGGGGCGGUCGCGCGGUUUCGGAUUCAUCCUUUUCAAAGAAGCUGCAAGUGUGGAAAGGGUGUUGCAGCAAAAGGAACACAGGCUAGAUGGAAGACAGAUCGAUCCCAAGAAAGCGAUGGCAAUGAAAAAGGACCCUGUUAAGAAAAUAUUUGUUGGCGGACUCAACCCUGAGACUACGGAAGAAAAGAUCCGGGAAUACUUCGGGGCCUUCGGCGAGAUGGAAUCUAUCGAACUUCCCACGGAUCCAAAAACGAGCAAAAGGAGGGGUUUCGUCUUUAUUACCUACAAGGACGAGACGCCUGUCAAGAAAGUUCUCGAAAAGAAAUACCAUACUGUUAACGGAAGCAAGUGUGAAAUUAAAGUUGCCCAGCCUAAGGAGGUCUACCAGCAGCAGCAGUAUGGUGGCCGUGGUGGUGGCAGCUACGGAGGUCGUGGCAGGGGUCGUGGCGGCCAGCAAAAUUGGAACCAGGGAUACGGCAACUACUGGAACCAGGGCUAUGGCAAUCAGGGCUAUGGCUAUGGUGGACAACAAGGCUACGGCAACUACGGAGGAUAUGGCAACUAUGACUACUCCUCUGGUUACUACGGCUAUGGUGGUGGAUAUGACUACAACCAGGGCAAUACGAGCUAUGGGAAAACUCCAAGACGUGGAGGCCACCAGAGUAGCUACAAGCCAUACUGAUCACGUGUAGUGCAGGCCAUAAGUAUUUUCAACCCAAGAACCCAUAACAGCAGCAAGAGGUCAUCCACGAUGGGACACUCGCUCUCCUUUUUCUUUUUUUUUCUUUUUUUUUUUGUAUGAUGGGACUCGUGCUCCAUUUGUACAGGACAACGGAUGAAUGGGGACGCUGUGUCUCAUUCCACACUUUUUAUUUCUUGUUUUAUUUUCUUUGUCCACAUUUCCAGUGGUGGAAGUGUAAUUUUUACUGUACUUUUUGGUACCUUUUUUGAAUCUAAUGUAUUGUAUGGUUGUAUUUUACAUGUCAACUGAAUUUACAGCGUAUGAGGAUUGUGAGCUGCCCAAGCUUUUGAAAUAAAAUGUUUGAGUAA